AUGGCAUCUUUCUCCAAUUUCGAUGAGAAAACCUCGUUGAUAAAUUAAUGUGUCAAGACUUUGCAAGUAGACAGUUUAAGCUUCACAUUUUUAGAUAGCUCCCUCCAGGAGAACAUAAAGUGAUUUAACUCUACUGUUGCAAUUGGUUGAAGCUAUUACAUUUUUUAAAAAUCUCCAAUCUCAGAAUCCUGACAUCGUCCUUAGAUGUAUGUCAGUACUAAGUUACAAGACUGUAAAAAAAGAAGAAGUAAAUAUAAUUUAUAAAUUUUAGAUAUUGUUUCAUGUUGGGGAUCAAGGGUCCCUCUUCUACAUCAUUCUGAAAGGAUCCGUGGGAGUUUUCAUAUUGUUGCCUAGUCCUGACGAUUCCAAAAGGUUUGAAUUGAAGGAAGUGAACAUAUUAAAAGCUGGGAAUAGUUUUGGAGAAUUGGCUCUUUUGAAUGAUAAUGCAAAACGAACUGCAACCAUAAUAGCAAAAGAAGACUGUAUGCUUGCAGUUAUGGAGAAACAUCAUUUCAAGGCAAUUUUAGGUGCUUAGGAGUAACAAAAAGUUCAAGACAGGAUAGCUUUCUUGUGUUCUGUAAUUAUGGGGUUUAUUUAUCUUAAAUUAUAGUUUCCAUUUCUAUAGUCUUGGUCAUUCAGGGAAAUUAAAACAUUUAGUUAUCAUUUUGAACCAAUUUAAAUAACAUUAAAUUAGGCAGUGAUCAAACAGAAUGAUUACUGUUCCAAUUUUUACAUAGUGAGAGAAGGGUAAGAUAUCGAUUAUGUUAUUUAGAAAGUAAUUUUGAAGUAACAUAUACAUUAAAUGAUGCGCACAAAUUAAAGGGAGUAUUUUCAACUCACAGCAUGUGAAUUUUAUAAAUAAAUUUAGAUGUGUAUUGGGACCUGGAGAGUUUUUCGGAGAAGAAGCCUUCUUAAUGGAUGACGGCAAGACUUUUAUAUUAAAACUAUUUAACGUAUUUUCGGUAAGGUGGUCAAGAGUGAAAUGUUCUGUGAUUUGUAGAAGUCAAUGUGGUUAAAUAUUAAGAAUAAGUAGGGAAGACAUAAUUAAGUAAUGAAUCUGUGUAAUAUAUUGCAGGAGGUUUUGGGAUGAAAAAACACAAACAGUUUUUGUUUCAUUGUUGUAGUCCAUUCAUCAAUUUAGAUUGAAUAAGAUGAGAUAUUACGAACAGAUAGCAGAUGAUAAAUUAAAAUAACUUAAUGGUCAAGAAGGGUUUGAUUAAUUUGUUAAGCCUACUUUCAAAGUGAAGGUGAGGAACAAUUGUGCAUUGAUAAGGCGAGAAACCCAAAUGGAUAAGUCUGAUAUGGUAUUUGAAUGCUUGUUAUAUUGUAGGAAUUCUAAUUUUAUAAGAGGUAGGAGAAGAAGGCCUUUGAAUAGUUUAAGAAGUUAUUCAAGGACAGAAAUUGCUCUUAUGCUUAGGUUAAGACAUUCUUCGAUUAGAAGACGAUUGGAUCUCAGAAUUAUAUAGAUCGAGAUUCAUAUUUUAAGUUGUUCUUUAGAUUUCCUUCAUAAUUGAAGAACAGUGAGAUUUCUUAGAAUUUAAGUCAACAGCAACCGAGCACUGCAAGGACUCAUUAUAGAUUGACCACGUAGCCCAAGGAAGAACAUGAGAGGAGUGCUCAUUGUUAAACUAAGUUGAGGACACAACGAAUGCUGUAGAAGUUGAAAGUGAGUGAGACAUAACCAAAGAGCAAGACAGUUCACAGUAGCUACAGUCCUUUGAAUGUUCAGAGACUUGAGCUGAGAAGAUUUGGGACUCAGAGUUACUUAUAAUUGAAAUGA